UUUGUAUCAUUCGUUCGCGCCCUCCCGAGAACGUGUUGCGUGUCAUGGCGUAAAGUUUCUCCCUCAUUUUUCUACCAAUCGCGUGGCGACGUAGGUGAUAAAAACACGUUGUCAUCGUUGCCAGUCAGUUUUCGUUCUUGGUAUCGCGAAGAACGUUGGUCGUUCGGUAAUACGUUUCUCACUAGAAAACAAUUUUGCAUUACAACAUCGCUUGAACGAUCUCAUCGAUAUUAUACAACCGAUAAAUCCUGCGAAGAUUCGAAGGACGAUAAAAUGGAAGCCAAGAAAAGAGAUCCUGCUUCGGAACAACUCAAUAAUUAUAAGAAAAAUUUAAAGGGUAUACCAAGUCUAUUAUUAACCGGUAGUGGAUCUAUCAUCGCCAACAAAAAAGCUAGUCUUACGGCCGGACCACAUGGACCAAUAUUGUUGCAAGAUUAUGUUUAUCUCGAUGAGAUGUCGCAUUUUACAAGAGAAAGAAUUCCGGAACGUGUGGUGCACGCUAAAGGAGCCGGCGCUUACGGAUAUUUCGAAGUAACACACAAUAUAACGAAAUAUUGCAAAGCAAAAAUGUUUUCCGUAAUUGGAGAGAGAAUACCGAUUGUCGUGAGAUUUUCUACCGUAGGUGGGGAAAGUGGUUCGGCUGACACGGUCAGAGAUCCACGUGGAUUCGCAAUUAAAUUUUAUACCGAAGAAGGUAUAUGGGAUUUAGUUGGUAACAAUACACCUAUAUUUUUCAUCAAAGAUCCUCUUUUUUUCCCAAGUUUUGUCCAUACCCAGAAGAGAAAUCCUGCGACCCAUUUGAAGGACUAUGAUAUGUUCUGGGAUUUUAUUUCAUUGAGACCAGAAUCUACGCAUCAGGUUCUGUUCCUUUUUUCUGAUCGUGGUAUUCCGGAUGGUUAUCGUCACAUGAAUGGUUAUGGAUCGCAUACGUUUAAAAUGUUGAAUGCUUACAAUCAUAUGGUUUACUGUAAAUUCCAUUAUAAGACCAAUCAAGGAAUUAAAAAUCUUUCAGUCGAUAAAGCGGCAGAAUUAAGCUCGUCCGAUCCGGAUUAUUCAAUCAGAGAUCUAUACAAUGCUAUAGCUAAAGGACGUUAUCCAUCUUGGAUAUUUUAUAUACAAGUGAUGACCGAAGAACAAGCGAAGAAUUUCAAAUGGAAUCCGUUUGAUGUUACAAAAGUAUGGCCACAAGAGCAAUAUCCAUUGAUUCCUGUGGGUAAAUUUGUAUUAGAUCGAAACCCAAAUAAUUAUUUCUCUGAUGUGGAACAGAUAGCAUUUGAUCCGGCUCAUUUGAUACCUGGUAUAGAACCAAGUCCAGAUAAAUUGUUGCAAGGUCGUCUUUUCGCUUAUGGCGAUACGCAAAGAUAUCGUCUGGGUCCGAAUCAUCUUCAAUUGCCUAUCAAUUGUCCUUACAAGAAUAUAUCAACGAUGAAUUAUCAGAAAGACGGCUCGAUGGCUAUAAACAAUCAAGAUGGUGCACCUAAUUAUUAUCCCAAUAGUUUCUCCGGACCAAAAGAAUGUCCCGCUCUACGUACACCGCCGAUUAGCGUUAAAGGUGAUAUUGAUCGUUACGAGCCAGUUGACGAAGACGAUUUCGGACAAGCUACGUUAUUCUGGAGGAAUGUACUUGAUGACGAUGCUAAGUCCAGAUUGGUAGAGAACCUAGCAAACCAUUUAAAGAAUGCUUCCUUGUUCAUAGUUGAAAGGGCGGUGAAAAAUUUCUCUCAAGUUGACAUCGAAUUGGGAAAGAAAUUGACCAAAGCUUUACGCGAAGCUGGUGUACCGAUAAACAUAUCUGAACAAUCUGCUCGUCUGUAAAAAUAAUAUUUUACACAAUUUUUUCUACUUAUUCAAUAAUUUUAAGAUUACUUUAUACUUAUAUACUUAUUACAUAUGUUUCGCUCAAAAAGCGAAUAAAUAUAUAUUAUUUUUUCUCUCGAUAUAUUGCUUUACGUACAGGUAUUUGACUUUUAUUUUCUUUUUUUAUUCUUUAAUUAAAUAGAUCGUCAUAUAAAACAAUUAGUAAGAAUGUAUUCCUUUCAGAUAUUAUAUCCUGCAAUCUCCGCACACUUCUAUAUCCAUAUGUAAAAUGGGUUAUAUAUUGAUAGGUGCUUAUUGAUAGGCGACGUUAUUUUCAUGAAAGCUAACUUAUGAUAAAAAAAUAUUUCCUCUCCAUAUCCUCCCCUCCUUUCUCUCUCUCUCUCUCUCUCUCUCUCUCUCUCUCUCUCUCUUUGAAGGAAUAAACACGAAGAUAAGAACGAUAAAAAAAGAAAAAUUAAAAUAUUUCGAUUAAUCACAUUCGAUCAGUAAAUAUUAUUUUACUGAUACACGAGAUCGCGAUUUCACCAUAUGACAACGCCUUCUUAUCUCUUCACUAGUGAUUAUAACUGUCUCGUAUAUAUGUAUUACGAAAUUAUUGGAUAUUUAAGUCUUAUAAUAUAAUUAUAAUGAGAUAGAUGAUGUAAAUCAUCUAUUGAAUAACUUAAAGGUUUUAAUUCCAUUUGAUAUCUAAUGUUAUCAUAUUGCGCGAUCGUACUCUGAAUAUAUGAUCAUAUUUUAAUCGUAUUUUUAAAGAUACAUCAAAUUUGCACAUGUGAAAGAAAUAAAUUAAAGAGAAAAUUGAGUAUGACUAUAAGAUUGAAAAAAUUGUUUAUCCAUAAGAGAAAACUCAUCUAUUCAUAGAAAAAAUCGAACAAAAUUAGUCAUAAAAAUUAAAAUAUCGACCAGUUUUAUAUAGACAAUGUUGACAAAUAAAACGAGGAGAAGUAUAGAAAUACACAUAUAUUACUUUUACUGUAA